AUGGCUUCCUUGAAAGAAAUAACUACAAAUUUCCAGAAAUUGGAUAAGUUUGAAGGGAUUGGAUAUCGUCGUUGGCAAAAGAAGAUACAUUUUCUAUUGACCACAUUGAAUGUGGUGUAUGUUCUUAGCACCCCCAUGCCACCAUUGCCGGAAGAGGGGAAAACCGAAACCCCGGAGGAAACGCGUGCAAGAACAAAGUGGGAAAAUGAUGAUUACAUUUGCCGAGGCCAUAUCUUGAACGCCAUGUCGGACACCUUGUUCGAUAUUUACCAAUACGUGGAGAGCGCCAAAGAACUUUGGGGCGCUCUUGAGGCAAAGUACGUCGCGGAGGACGCAUCAAGUAAGAAAUUUUUAGUUAGCAAUUUUAAUUCUUACAAAAUGAUUGAUGGUCGUUCCGUCAUGGAGCAAUUUCAUGAGGUUCAACAUAUGUUGAACCAAAUUAGACAACAAGGUAUGGUGAUGGAUGAAUCAUUCUCGGUUGCAUCCAUCAUUGACAAAUUACCCCCAUCUUGGAAGGACACUAGGAAUUCUUUGAAACAUAAGAAGGAGACUAUGUCCUUGGUAGAUUUGGGUGCCCAUCUCCGAAUUGAGGAGGGCAUCCGGUCUCAAGAUGUCUCUAAGGACCCUAAAAAUGGUCCCGUUUCUUCUAUCAACAUGAUGGAAGAAGGACAAUCAAGUUGGACUAAAAAGUCCAAGAAACCCCCAUGGAAGUCCAACAAAAAUCACCCCGAGAAUGAUAAGAAAAAAGGCAAGACCAUGUCUUGUGGGGGGUGUGGUGGUUCUCACAUGAAGAGGAAUUGUCCCUCUUUGCCUAAGAAGAACAAGGAUCAUCUUAAGGUUGAUCCUCAUCAAGGUCCGUUUGCACAUGAUGUUUCUUUAAAUGAAGAAAGGAAUUUUAUUGCAAUGAUUUCUGAAAUCAAUGUGGUGCAGGAUGAUGAUUCUUGGUAG